AUGCUAUGUAAAUAUUUUACCACAUCUUGUACAAGAAAAACACUCUCCCCAUCACCAGUAUUAAGACGACAAAUCAGUAACGAUGAUUCAAUAAACAAUGAUAAUCAGACCAUAACCACGACUGUAUUGCGACGACAGAUACCAAAUACAAGUGAUCUAUCAUUGCCAUACAAAGAUUUAUCGGAGCAAAAGAGUGUUCAAUCAUCAUUAAAAAAUUUAUUAUUUUCUACACCAGAUGAUAAUGAAGAAAUUGAAGGACAACAAACACGUCGAAUAAAAUCAAAUACAUCGUUGAAAUAUGCCAUUAAACUAUCGAUACAAAUUAUAUUAUAUUUAAAAAAUCAAUUUCGUCUGUUUUUUAUUGAAACAGAUGAUGAAGAAUGGAAAAGAACAAAUACAUUGAUUAGUUGGAUUCAUGCUACGAUUAGUGGAACAUUUGUACUCUACAGUCUUUAUGUAUAUUGGAACGAGAUGCUAGAUGACAUGGUAAAACAUGUGACUAUACAAACAUAUUUACUCAGCUGUUUUUGUUUCGCCUAUUUUAUUUUCGAUCUUAUUGAUAUGGUUAUUAAUAAGAAAGCUGCUAAUUUAUGGGAAGUAACACUUCAUCACAUAACUACAAUAUUAUAUAUUGGUUUGAAUAUUUUUCAAUGUCGUUGUGUGGGUUAUUGUAUUGUAUCAUUACUUGCUGAAGUGAACAGUAUAUUUUUACAUGCACGAAAAUUAUUUCAAUUAUAUAAAGUUCCAAAAACAAAUUUACUUGUAAAAUUGAAUAUGGUUAUUAAUAGCAUAAUAGUACGAACGGAUUUUAUUAAACCAUAUUUAGCAUCCGAUAGUAGAAAUAGAACAUUUCCGAUAACAAUGCGCAUACCAAGAUUUAAUACAAAAUCGUACAUGUCGUAG